GCCGUCCAGUGCCGAACCAAUGACAUGCGACGUCAUUCACUUAGCGUAAAUGCUCGCCAGUGUCCGCCGGUGGAUCCCAUUGCAAAUCCGAUGGUUUCUGGUGGUUCUAGCAUUGACCGAAGUGCAUUGCGAGCCGUCAACUUCCAACGGCGUCGACUGGCACUUUGAUAAGUCCAACACCGCGAUGUUCCUGCAACGAUACUGGAUCAACACCCGACACUACGAUCCUAAAAAGCCGGGCCCUGUGUUCUGGAUGGAGGAGAAACGAGCGGCGUGAAUCGCAUUACCUUCCUCGACACCGGUGCACCCCAAAUCAACCUCCCUGCUUGCGGCUGAUUCGAAUCCGACCAGGCAUCAUGGAGAUUCUGCCUCGCGCGACGGCUGGUGUUGGCAUCGUCCUGGAGCACCGAUACUAUGGCAAAUCCAUCCCGGUUUCAAUCUUCUUCACGGACAACCUCAGAUGGCUCAAUAACGCACAAUCAGCAGCGGACAGCGCGAACUUCCUUGCGAACGUCAAAUUCGAGGGCAUCGAAGAGGACCUGACUGCACCCAACACGCCCUGGAUCUACUACGGCGGCUCUUACGCCGGUGCUAGGGCUGCCCACAUCAAGGUUCUGUAUCUCGAUCUCGUGUAUGGCGCUAUCUCCUCGAACGGUGUUACCCAUCCGGAUUACCUGAACUGGGAGUACUACAAGAUCAUCCGCAACGCGGCAGAGCUGGUGUGCAUGGAGCAUCUCAAGCGUGCUAUCCAAACCAUCGACACCAUUCUCGCGAAAGCUCAGGCCGUCCCACCCCGGGGCAAACACAUGAGGUGGGCUGCUCAGCGAGUUGUUCAGCGGGGGCGGCGGCGGACUCCUGGGUGGUCUUGGUGGGAUUCUCAGCGGAAACGGGAGCCUUCUCGGGAAGACUUUUGGGCAGGGAUCCCAUCAGUGUCUUGCUCAGUGGUGCUCUGGGAGGCACCAGAGGCGGUGUUGUCCUCGGUGGGCUGUUGGGUGGAGGUGAGCUUCUCGAUGGUCUGCUUGGCGUUGCACUGGUGGCGUGCUCAGCGGCGGGGGCGGCGGUUUGCUCGGUGGGAUUCUGAGUGGUGGAUACGGUCAUAAAUUAUAGUAAGGACUAGUAAUAGAAGACAUUAUCAUGCAGAACCAACGUCAUCCCUACCCGUAGCAUCCCUCCAGAACUCCGCAGUCAGAUUCAGUUCCUUCUGUGCAAUUCUCUUCUCCACCCGCUGAGCAUAAAGCAUGAGGAGGGCAUGCGCGAAAAAAUCGUAGUUGACAUCAGUCAUUUGACGCAUCUGAGAUUUGAAUCCAUUAAGCCAGGAGUUCAAUUGCUCCGCUGUCUCCGUGUUAAAUGCGCGAGUUUGGUGUUUGCGACCAGCAUCGUCCUCCGAGACUACAAUGAGAUCGGGUUGAGAUCCGUUGGCUGGCGCAGGAUUGCACCAGACACGGCAGAGUACAUCGGUUGCGCGAUGGCCGAUGUAGUGCCAUGCAUCGACAAUGAACUUCGUGGUAGUG